CGGUAUUUAACCCCCCAGGGAGGAGCCUGCCCGCUGCGUAUUAUUGCAAUUUGCGGGACUACGACUCGGAGCUGGUGGGCUGGCGAGAGUUACUGCGGAGAGACAGGCGCCUUCCCACCCAAUCAUGGCCUCGGCAGGUCUCCAGAUCUUGGGCAUGGCUCUCUCGGUGGUGGGCUGGCUGGGCUGCAUCAUCUCCUGCGCCCUGCCCAUGUGGAAGGUGACGGCCUUCAUCGGCAACAACAUCGUGGUGGCGCAGAUCAUCUGGGAGGGGCUGUGGAUGAACUGCAUCGUGCAGAGCACGGGCCAGAUGCAGUGUAAGGUCUAUGACUCUAUGCUGGCUCUGCCCCAGGACCUGCAGGCCGCCCGCGCCCUCAUGGUCAUCUCGGUGCUGCUGGCCGUGCUGGCCUUGCUGGUGAGCGUGGUGGGCGCCAAGUGCACCAACUGCGUGGAGGACGAAGGCGCCAAGGCGCGGAUCAUGAUCGUCUCCGGCGCCGUCUUCGUGGUCGCCGGCGUCCUCUGCCUCAUCCCCGUGUGCUGGUCGGCCAACACCAUCAUCCGGGACUUCUACAACCCGCUGGUGUCCGAAGCCCAGAAGCGGGAGCUGGGGGCUUCCCUCUACAUCGGCUGGGCUGCCGCCGCCCUGCUGGUUCUGGGGGGCGGCCUCCUCUGCUGCACCUGUCCCAAGAGGAACACCAACUACAGCGCCCGUUACACCGCCGCCGUCUCGCAGCCCCGCAGUGACUACCCCAGCAAGAACUACGUCUGAGGGGCAGGCAGCCUGGGGCCUCUCGGCGGGCAGGGCCCCAUCUCCGCAUGAGCCCCCCGGGGGCAAAGCGAGCCGGUCGGUGCUGGGGGUGCAUCUGCAGCCUGGAGGGAAUACAGAAGCUAAGCCGCAGACCCAUGGUAUCCGCCACUGCUGGUGGCUUCACCUUGGCUUCUGGACCCCACCACGCUGCAAUGGUCCUCGGCCCACGUGGUCCAGCGCUGAUCGCUGAAAAUUAGAGGGUUAUCGGGGGGGAGGUCAAUAGAGCACCCCAAGCCUGGCCUCUCUAGAGGAGAGGGGGAGUUGGGGGGCCUAGUUUUAACCUUUGCAUGUGUCCUACAUAGUCCUUAGAUAUUUUUCAUAGCAUCUGCUUGGUUUUUAUAUAUGACGAAUAAAAUAUCUGAGUUUUUUGUAUGGAGCAAUGGCCUUCUGUGCUCCCUGGCGUGGGGCUCUGUCUCCAGCCCGCCGCGGGGGUAAGACGAGCGAAGGCUGCUUUGUCCGCUCCCUUCACCCCCUCAUCCUCAGCCCUUGUGCUGUAAAAUUCAUCUCUCGAUCUGCUCCACGUCCUGCCUUCUAGGGGUUGUUGCUGCUGCUUCUGGACUGUGCUCGAGUGGGAGAGCAGCCCUGGGAAGUAGCGGCUCCUCCCCUCCCCCCUGCUCUCACCCACCAGCCCCCACUCCCCUCCUAGAGCUGGGAGAGAACCCAGGAGUC